UUCACCAGCGCUUUCAAAUAUCUAGGUGUGUUUACAAAGUCACUGCAUUGGUGUCAACCAUCAAAGUUCUUAGCAUUUGGGUCCGUUCGCGACAACACAAACGAGAAGAUCCGUACGCAACUCGUUCAAAGACACAAUCUUAUAAGACAUGGAUCCUGUGAACGGUGAUGCGAAUAUCGAGGGAGUGAACCAUGCAGAUGAUUCUAGAAACGGAGAAGUGGAUGAUCCACAACUUGUGGCAGUGAAAAGUGCUACUUAUUGGGAAGAGGUGGACCAAGAAGAAAUCGAACGCGAACGAAUGGAACAAGAGCAAAGGGGGAAGAUUUCAGAGGAGGAGCUCCCAAGAACCGGUAGCGCAAGGAGAGCCAAGGAAAUCUUUGAAUCUAAGCCACAACAGCAAGAGAAAGAGACUCCCUUUGAUUUGCAGAUACUUUCCGGCGUGACUAAAGCUAGCAUGAAGAGGUAUCAAGAACAUCAGGCUUCAAAAGCAAAUUCGCGUCAAAGAGAAGUUGAAGAUCUCGAAGAUAUCCAGGGUGGAAUAGCUUCUUCAAACAGAGAGGCCUUUGAAAAAGGUAAAGUGAGUAAUGUGGAAAGGAAGAUAGAAGGUGAAGAAGAAGAGCAUUUACCAACCGCAGGUAUCGCAUCCAAGACGCGUGCAAAUUUCGAGUCUGGUCAGGUCAGCCAUGCCGAGGACAGGCACGUGAGUGAGAAGGAUAUUACCGAAGAAAUGCCUUCAGCUGGUGCAGCUUCCGACGUGCGACGUCGAUUUGAGAAGAGCAGUGAAGGUGAAGAAAAGGCACAGAGGCGCUUGAGCUUUGAACCGGAGAAAGGGGAGGCAAAAGCAAGGACUGCCAUGUACAUGCAAAGUUUGGAGGACUCAUCGAACAAGAAUCAGGCCUUAGACGAACAGGAUGCUCUUCCUGCCCCAGGCAGUGCUCGAGGUGUAAGGCAAAUGUUUGAACAGGAUAAAGUUAUCCAUGCAGAGUCGAAUCUUCAAGAUUCUUGGAAGGAGGAACUUCCACAGUCUGGUGCUGCUCGAGCCACAAAGGAAGCCCUUAAAGCAGCAGCUACGAAGGGAUAUGAAAAGUCCCAGAUCGAAGAUGAAGUCCUAAGUCCUGGCUUAGCUUCUGCCGCCAGAAAUCGAUAAGAAAAAGGUGAAUUUGAAGAGCAAAACGUAAUCGAGCGAGAGGAACCCGUUGUGUCACCAGGAUCAGCCAAAGAACAAAUGAAGAAUUUCCAGGAAGCGGCUUCAAAUCAGGUACCGAGAAGGCGAACCAUGGACAACGAGAGAGAUGAACUGGAAGCUGCCCGUGGUGUAGCUCUUGCCGUGAAAACAAGUUACGAAAAGGAAGGUGUACCUCAUACAGAAACGAAAAGAACUAUUGCCGAUGAAGAUUUCUCCGUUAUUCAAGGGCGUGCUAAGGAAGCGACGCGAGAAAUCGAGUCGGGCGGGUUUAUCAAAGAAACACCCAAGAUGGUCGACACAGAAGACUUUGGCGUAGCUCGUGGCGUCGCUAAGGAAACAACCCAGCGAAUAGAAAAGGGAGAACUAAUUAAAGGGGGGCACAAGAUGGUAGAGGACGAAGAUUUUUCAAACAUCUCCGGCCGAGCUAAGCAGACAACGCAGCAAAUAGAACGAGGUGAGAUGAUUAAAGAAGCACACAAAAUGGUGGAGGACGAAGACUUCUCAGGAAUCUCGGGAGUGGUCAAGGGAACAAGGCAACGGAUUGACAGCGGCGAAAUGGUUCAGAAAAAGGCAGUCCGAAAUUCGGAUGCCGGCGAUCUGAUGGGAAUUCAAUCUGUGACGAGUAACCGCGCAGUGUUUGACCAAAACGGCGAUUGACUCUGUCUAGGAAAAACUGGUUGAAUAGGACUUCAUUAAUACGUAACUGACCAUUUAACGACCGACGUCGCUUGUCAAAGAUCAAUUUCAACCCUUUGUAUAUACAAUCCAGAAGUCCCCCUGGCUACGCCCCUGUGUCAGAGGUUAAAUUAAAUUGUAAUAACAUAACCUGCAAAAGAAAAUCGUCACCUAAACAAACCUCGCGAAGGAAAGACAACUGCGGGUCGCUUUCGUUUGAAAUGAUAUGUUAUUCUUCAGUGUUAGCGUAGAUAUAAAAUGAUAUCUAAUACAAAAUGCAUUUCCAAGAGUUUUUUGAGAUGACGUAGUAUGAAAUUUCACGAAAAUGACUCUCAGCCAAUAGGUGCCGACCAACUUGUGGUUGGUCAGCCCUACCUGGGAAAAAGCCGGAGUGGAGUAUGUAGUUGAACCCUUAAAUCAGAUCCAUAGACAGAUUAGAGUCUGUUUUUCAGAAUAAUUCUAACUUUGGAUGAGGGUGGUUCAGGGAUCGCUGUUGAAUUAGUAAGAGAUUGUAAAUUAUGUGCUCCCACUCAACGAUUUAAGUACAUCAAUACAAAUUGCACUGAAUAACAAAAUAUGACAAAAGAUUGGUACGAUCUAUUGUAAUUUGAUUUUCAUAACAAUAAAUUUAUUACACAUGA